AUGAAAUGGUUAUUGACACCCGUUGUCUUGUCUGGCAGCUGCAGUCACGAACAGGACGACGGGCAUCAGGACAUAAUCGAAACGGACGGAAAUCGAAAUGAAAACAGUGCUUUCGCCAACUCCUCAGGUCUGGUCACGGACAGCGGUACGAAUCGACAGAACGUCGAUUGCUCGGUCUCCCCUCGCUUCGAUCCUCGACGAGAUAGCGGCGUCGAUUCGUAUGUUGUCAGCGCAAAAUCGAUCCUAGGCAAAUUGAUGCAGCUGAGCAAAUCGAGCUCAACGCCUUGCCAUAUCCUGCUAGUUCGACUGCUGCUGUUCAGCGCCUCGGAUUGCAUGAUGAGGAGGUAG